GCAACACCGGUUAUGGAGUCAUUGAACCACUCUCUGGACUUUCCCCCCGACCAACUAAAUACGACUAAUGGCCUGAUGUUGAUUUGCUUGGAUUAUUCUAUAUGCAAUCUUGACCCCUUUAUUUCAUUUAUAUUUUUGACAUGGCAAGAACAAAAAUGUGUCCAGUCGUCAAUUGACCCUGAUAAUACGAGUGGAAUUUAGAUUGAAUAAAAAAAAAAUUAAUAAUAAUAAAAGAAAGAAAAAGAGAACAAAACUUUAAGAAUUGAGGAAAGAUGAACAAAAAUUUAAGCUGAAAUAAGAGAAAGGGAAAAUCGACGGAAAAGAAAAAAACUGUUGGGUUCAGGCUCUGGGGCUGAGAUCCACUUGAUGAUGGAAGGCGUGUCUUUGAACCUCCUAUUUUCCACUCUUCCUCAUUAAGUAGUAGGUAGUGUGGUUAUUAUGACUGGCUUUGAAGUUUG